CCUCGGUUCAAGCACACGGCGCCUUCGCAGAAGCAGCAGCGUGCCGACCGUGUGGCCUCUGCCGAGCCACCGCCGCCAUGGCAUGCACGCAAGGUCGCGGAGCUGGAGAAGCAGCUGGCGGCGGCGCGGGAGCAGCUGGCCACCGGUGGGAAGACAGGGAGCAACGCAAUGGAGGUCGACGUGGACAGUGGGGAGCUGCCGCCGCAGACUACCGCUCAGAUCCGAGUCCGCCUUGACGAGAUCGAUGAGGCCACGCGGGCUAUCAAGGAUCUCAAGGACCCCUGCUUCGAGAAGGCCAGAGAGGACUUGGAGGCGGAGCGUAAGCGGUUGCGGGUGGACUUGGAGGCGUCCAAGCCAGUGCCUGCGCAGCUGCGAUCGUUGUCAUUCCAGUCGGCUAAGUGGAAUUCCAAGAAGGAGCAGUUGGUGGUCGAGGCCGAGCAGGCCAUCUUGCAGAUUGCAGAGGAACAAACUAGGCUGGCGUCUACGGUGCCGAGGCCUCCACCGUCCUCAACCGUGGCGGGCGAGCUUGUGGCCGCCCUUGGCAUCACGGUCGACAAGCUUGGAGGCAUCUUGGCAGGACUCGGAGACGACGGUCAAGUGCAAGCGAAGUUGGACUCGGCCUUGGAAGAGGUGCGGGUACUUGAGGAACGUAAGCGCCAGGAGCGGGCGGUGCCCGAGGCAGCGCAGCAAGAGAAGACUGAGCCGCAGCGGGAGGCCGCCCCACCAGACGAUGCCAGGCCUGCGCCUGGGGGAGUCGACGUACCAACACCAGACGACACGAACCUGGAGGAGCUGCGAGCUUUUCUGGGGCGCGCUGGUGUCGCGGUGCAGCCUGAGGCCGAUGAGGCAGCGAUCCGCGGGGGCGUUCGCAAGUUGGCCGAAGGGCUCAAUGAAUGGAGAACCGAGAAGCGAGCCAAGGUCCAGGCGGGUCCGCAGCCGCUCGACUCCAGGCCCCGACGUGGCGCUGAGCUGGACGGGUCAAGCCAUGGCGCUGGAGGCCUAGUGGCCAAAGGCCGUGGCAAGGGGCGAGCUAGGCGAGCCGCGGCCGCGCGGGUGGUCGACGCCUCGCCCCUCGCCCCUGGGCCCACUCGGGCCGCCGACGGACGGAGCGCAGCCCCGAGCGGGCCCUUGGCCACAGAGCAGGCUGGUAGCAAGGGCAGCCUCGCGACGUUGAAUUGUUCGUCCGAGAAGCAGCUGCUCGGGUACAUGGCGCACUGUAGUCACACAGUGGUCGCGGUGCAAGAACACCAUGUUGCCCCUGAUGAUCUGGCUGAUGCGCAGCACCGUUUGCUGGACGCGGGCUGGCAAGGCAUUUGGGCAGCAGCCGACCCCACUGGCAAUGGCGGCACGCAGGCAGGGCUAGCUGUAUUGGCGAGGCCGAACGUCCUGAUAACGCGUGGGCCGUGCCUGAACGGGCAGACCGAGCUGGCUGGUGGUCGAGCGCUGCCUGCCCAAGUCCACUGGGGAGUUCCUGGAGGAGUGGUGCUGGUCUCAGUGCAUCUCUACGUCAAUGAGGGUUG